AAAGCUGGUCAAUUGAUUGCGGUUCUUCUGCCAGCUGUCUUUUCAUGUCGAAGUUGAAGUCGAUAAUGUGUUUGUGCGCUAGUGGUGAAUGCAAAAAUCGUAUAAAAGUGCAAUGCAGUGACGGGCAAGAAAGUGGAUCACGAGCCAAGGAAACGCCCAAAGAAAUUGUAUAAGCGAGGGAAUCCUUUCCCCGAAUAAACCCCUAAGCCCCCGCUAAGCCCCUCCAAAAAUCAUGGUCGUAGUUCCCGCUCUGGGCGCCGCCGCCGUUUCCGUGGGCGGCCUGCUCUUCAAGGCAAGUGCCGCCUCCAAGGCGGCGGCGGCAGCGGGCGUGGCAGCGGCGGGCGCCUCCAAGCUGGGCCUGGCCAUCGCCGGCGCCAUCAAGCUGGCCACCGCUGUCAUAGGCGUCGGCAAGCUGACCAUCCUGCCCUUCCUGAUAGCGGCCAUCGCCUACUACAACUACGACCUCUUCGAUCCGGAGAAUCGACCCUUCAACGUCCAGCAGGUGGAGCUGGCCUACGACUUCAUCAUCAUCGGCGGCGGCUCGGCGGGCACGGUCCUGGCCUCCAGGCUGUCGGAGAUCCCCCACUGGAAGAUCUUGCUCUUGGAGGCCGGAGGCCAUGAGACGGAGAUCUCAGAUGUUCCCCUGCUCUCGCUCUAUUUGCAUAAAAGCAAAAUGGAUUGGAAAUAUCGAACCCAACCCCAACCGACGGCCUGCCAGGCGAUGAAGGACAAACGCUGCUGUUGGACGAGAGGCAAGGUCCUGGGUGGCUCCAGCGUGCUCAACACGAUGCUCUAUAUCAGGGGAAACAGACGGGACUUUGACCAGUGGGCGGAUUUCGGAAAUCCAGGCUGGUCCUACGAGGAGAUCCUGCCCUACUUCAGGAAGUCUGAGGACCAGCGCAAUCCCUACCUGGCCAGGAACAAGCGCUACCAUGGCACGGGUGGCCUUUGGACCGUCCAGGACUCCCCGUACAACACGCCCAUUGGCCCGGCCUUCUUGCAGGCCGGCGAGGAGAUGGGCUACGACAUCGUCGACGUGAACGGGGAGCAGCAGACGGGCUUCGGGUUCUACCAGUUCAACAUGCGACGCGGUUCGCGCAGCUCCACGGCCAAAUCCUUCCUGCGCCCGGCUCGCCUGCGCUCCAACCUCCAUGUGGCCCUCUUCUCGCACGUGACCAAGGUGCUCACAGAUCCGCAUACGAAGCGGGCGACGGGCGUUCAGUUCAUCCGCGAUGGGCGACUGCAGAAUGUGUACGCCACCAGGGAGGUGAUCCUGUCGGCGGGAGCCAUAGGAUCGCCACACCUGAUGAUGCUCUCGGGGAUCGGACACGCUGAGGAGCUGGGCCGCGUGGGCAUUCCCCUGGUGCAGCACUUGCCCGGCGUGGGACAGAAUCUGCAGGAUCACAUCGCUGUCGGCGGCAUAGCCUUCCUCAUCGACUAUCCCAUUUCGAUUGUGAUGAAGCGGAUGGUGAACAUCAACACGGCCCUGAGGUACGCCAUCACGGAGGACGGCCCCCUGACCUCCAGCAUCGGCUUGGAGGCCGUGGCCUUCAUCAACACCAAGUAUGCCAAUGCCAGCGACGACUGGCCGGACAUGAACUUCAUGAUGACCUCGGCGUCGGUGAUGUCGGACGGCGGCACCCAGGUGAAGACGGCCCACGGCCUGACCGAUGAGUUCUACCAGGAGGUGUUCGGCGAGGUGAACAAUCGCGACGUCUUCGGCAUCUUCCCCAUGAUGCUGCGCCCCAAGAGCCGGGGCUACAUCAAGCUGGCCUCCAAGAACCCGCUGCGCUAUCCGCUGCUGUACCACAACUACCUCACGCAUCCGGACGACGUGAAUGUCCUGAGGGAGGGCGUCAAGGCUGCGGUGGCCAUGGGCGAAACGGCGGCGAUGAAGAGAUUCGGCGCCCGCUUCUGGAACAAGCCGCUGCCGAACUGCAAGCACCUGACCCUGUUCACCGACGACUACUGGAACUGCUUCAUCAGGCAGUACACCAUGACGAUAUACCACAUGAGCGGCACGGCCAAGAUGGGUCCGCCCUCGGAUCCCUGGGCGGUGGUGGACCCCCAGCUGAGGGUCUACGGCAUCCCGGGCCUGAGGGUGAUAGAUGCCAGCAUCAUGCCGGCCAUCACGAACGGCAAUAUCCACGCGCCGGUGGUGAUGAUCGGCGAAAAGGGCGCCGAUAUGAUCAAGCAACUGUGGCUGACCCCCAGCACGGCGCCGGCGGGGCCGAGUCCGCGCCAAGGUCACCAGACCAGCCCCCCGCCGCGCACCCAGUGGCGGAGCAGGCGUUCGCUAAACUCCACCAGUGAAAACUUGGACGUCGGAACAGCACCAGUCCACCAAUGGCCACUGCCAAGGUCGUAGUACACUAACAGAGGGGGGAGGGGAUUCGUUUAACCAGGGGUCGGGGGUUGCGCAGGGGUGUUCGGUUCACCGGGGGGUUAGCACCAGUUUCCGCCUUCGAAAUAAAUUUAAUUUAUUAAGCCCAGUUUGCUUUCCAUUCCCGCUGUCAAAACAAGUAUAGUACCCUUUCCCAGUAGGAACCCCUGCCGCCUCCGCCCAUGACCGUAGUCACUUAAGCGCUUCAUGUAAAUAUCGAGUCAUUUAUGCUAAUUCUUACAUUUUUUUUUAAAUAUCGCUCGUCUGUUGUGUGUGUCCAAUCGAAAUGUGUAUUUUGUUUUUACUUUUAUUGUUUGUUUGACGCCGCGUACACUUGGAGUACCUCAAUUAGUCCCUAAGUCGAAGAUUACGAUUACGAUGCAAAUGUUUGAUUAGUUCUUAAAUGUAAACGAACUCAAUAAAUCGAAUAAACACUAAUGUUACCUCAAGGGGUGUUUAAUUAAACUGUUGAGAGCAUGGAUAUAGAAUCAAUAUUAAAUAGUUGAAUUUAUUUAACUGUUAAGUUAAUUUUGUUCCUACAGUGCAGUUUAUUUGUAU